GCAACAAACACUUGUUCGUCCUAUCCACCUACCACAACAUUUUGAACGAGGGUCCGCUUACCGCACUACCAACCUCACUUGACAAGCUCACCACACUCGCAACCAUGGAUCAGAUCAGAAAGCGUAUGGAAGCCCUCCGCGUCGAGGCCGACGAAUCUGCAAACAAGGUCGAGGAUCUUCAAAAGAAAGUGAAGGCGCUCGAAGAGGAGAACCUAGCCAAGGAGCAGGAAAUCACAUCCCUCUCGCACAGGAACAAGGUACUGGAAGACGAAGUCGAGAAGCUUGAGAAGCUCCACGGCGACGCCAAAAGCGCGGCGGAUGAGAGCGCACAGCACGGCACUCAGAAUGAUGCCCUGACGAGGAAGCUGCAGUUGCUCGAAGAGGAGGCCGAGCAGAACGACAAGAACCUCCGAGAGACCAACGAGAAGCUUCGCCAAACCGAUGUCAAGGCCGGUCACUACGAGCGCAAAGUUCAAGCUCUCGACGUCGAACGCGCUCAGUGGGAGACCAAGUACGAGGAGAUGGAAGCCAAAUACAAGGCCACCAAGAAGGAGUUGGACGACUUCAUCGCUGAGAUUGGUACCAUCUAAGCAUCUCUCCACGUACUCCACAAACGAGCACCCUCCCAAACAUCUUACCCUCGACUCACUAUACCCGAUGCUCUCGAUGACAAAAAGCUUUUUACGUACUGAUAUGGAAUUCUGUGCUGGCAAAAAAGGCUCGCUCGCUCUCUCCCUUACAUCUGGACCCGCGGUCAAGAGAAGCAUCCCGGUGCACACGCGUGCGAAGCGAUGAAUCUGAAGACUGGGGCAUGCAAUGCUGGAAUUGGGGAGGAGUGGGCAUUUUGUUGCUGGACUUGCUCUGACUGACGAUGGGCCGAUCAUCGAUGUGGACGGAUGCUGGGUUGGUAUGUCGUCGCGGCCAAAGGAACAGACAGACAGACAGAAUUACACACACAGUGCAC